CACGAAAGAUUAGGCAAGAAACGAUUAGGUGAUGUUAUCAAUGGUCCUAUGUUAGACCCAAGUGACCCCUUUGUAACGGAUGAGGAUGCAGCACUCAAGUGUUUAGCAAGGCAAUUUGAAAACAGAUACGGAGGAUAUACACCAAAUAGGAAAAAGAAACGAAGAAAAGAAAAUGAUUUCUCCACACUUGGAGAGGGCUAUGAUGAAACGGAUCCUUUCAUCGAUAAUUCAGAUGCUUUUGAUGAGGUGGUACCUACACACAUGGAAACAAAACACAGAGGUUUUUACAUUAAUUCAGGUGAAUUAGAUUUUGAAAUGGUUGCAGAAGAGUCUGAUGAUGAUGAAGGAUCUGUUGACAGUGAAGUUGAUGUUCGAAGAAGAAAGAAGCAGGCACGAGUUUAUUCAGAUGAAGAGGAGGAGCAGGAUGAAGAAGAAAUGGAUGAAGAAGGCAUUGAAGAGGAUGAAGAUGAUUGUUAUUCUAAAAAGAGAAAGUUAUACGAGAAUGGAAUUGUACGCCAUAAGAAACGAAAGCUAGACGAGGGAGAGCUUUUACGAAAGAGGAAGCGGAUGAUUGGUCAAUUUAAUGCCAAAAACCAGGAGAAGAAGGAUUCUGAUCAAGAAAAUGAAAAAGUCAUUAAUGGUAGUGAAAGUAAAGGUGAAAUUCAACCAAAUGAGCAAUCAAUUAAAGCCAGCAUUGAGGCAGUAGUCAGCAGAGCUCGAGAAGAAGCAACAGAUAAAAAAGAUGAAUCUGAUGAGUCUGCCUCAUCCAGCUCCAAUUCUAGUUCUUCUGAUAGUGAUUCAUCUGGAAGUUCAUCUUCAAGUGAAAGUGAAUCAGAAGAGGAAGAAGAAGAUGAAGAAGGUGGUGGUGGUGGUGGUGGUGGAGCAGAAAAUGAAGAGGUAAAUGGAGAAGGCGAAGAGGAAGCACAUGACACCAUAAAUGAUAAUCACCACCCUUCUGACAACGAAAACAAUAUACCACUGCCAGACAAUCUCCCUCCAGAUCUUACGCAGGCUAUAAACAAAUUAAAGGAAGAAGGUCACACAUCCAAGGGUUCCAGUCAAAAGUUUUUCACAGAUUCUGUCAAUAAAGUACUCUUAAGUAUUGAAAUGAAGUUGAAUAAGUUAGGUGGAAGGAAGAAGACGCAAAUAUACAACCACCUCUCACAGCAUCUUCCUUGUGGAACUCAAACUUUAGUCAAAAGGGCUAAGAACCUAUUAACUGAAAGACAAGAAAAUAGAUUAAGAGAGCCAUUGAGAAGGUUAAAGGAAGCUGUUGAUGCUCACAUGCCUCCAUUAGUUGAACAGCAUGCCUUAGAGUGUCAGAAAGCUGCAGAAUCCAAGGGUGAAAAUGGAAUCACUCAGAACAAAGACGAUAACAAUGAAGAUGGUGAUAAGAAGAAAAGCAAACUCCCUAAGAAGAAAUUUAUAUUCACAGAAGAAAUUAGAAAACUUCUGUGUGAUGUUGUGAAUGUAAGAGUCCAGUUUUGGCAAAUGAUAAGGAAGCGCUCAGAAACUCCUGAGGAGAAUAUACGAAGGUUUUUAGAUUCUGAGGUUCGUUCUAUCUGGCCCAAGGGAUGGAUGAAUGUAAACAUUCUGUAUAAGGAAAGUAAUGAAUCACAUGCAGUAAUUACGGACAAAACAUUUGUGAAACCAGUGCCUGUGAAGAGGCAAAUAUCUCUGGGAGGUGGCAGCAUUUCAUCUGUUUCAAGCACCAUCAGUCCUCAGCCACCCAAGCCUUCUCUAAGUGCCACAGUUGUUCCUAAAGAAUCACCCACAGCUGUUUCCAGCAUAGCAAAGGGAGAAGCAGUUAAAAAGAAGAGUUCUACUGGAGAACAGAAAGAGGCUGAUUUUCCAGUGAAAGCAGUUGUAACUGGAGUGGAAACAAUACCAAUAAGAGAACCAGUGGUAGCUGGAGUGCCAGCAAAAGAAACAGUAGCAGCAGGAGCACCAGCAAGAGAAGCAGUAGUAGUAGCAGCAGGAGCACCAGCAAGAGAAGCAGGAGCAUCAGUAAGAGAAGCAAUAGUAUCAGGAACACUAGCAAGAGAAUCUGUAGUAGCAGAAACACCACUAAGAGAAUCAUUAAUUGAAGGAAUACAAGCAAAAGAAUCGGUAGUAGCAGCAGCACCAGCAAAAGAAUCGGUAGUAGCGGCAGUACCAGCAAAAGAAUUGGUAGUAGCAACAGCACCAGUAAAAGAAUCGGUAGUAACAGCAGCACCAGCAAAAGAAUCGGUAGUAACAGCAGCACUAGCAAGAGAAUCGGUAGUAGGACUACCAGCAAGAGAGGUAGAAACAGCUCCAGCAAGAGAAGCAGCAGUAGCAGGAACAACAGCAAGAGAAGCCAUAGUAGGAGCAGCAAGAGAAGCAGCAGCAGUAGGAGCAACACCAGCAAGAGAAGCCAUAGUAGGAGCAGCACCAGCAAGAGAAGCAGCAGUAGUAGGAACAACAGUAAAAGAAGUCGUAGUAAGAGCAGCACCAGCAAGAGAAGCAGCAGUAGUAGGAGCAACACCAGAAAAAGAAGCCGUAGUAGGGGUAGCACCAGCAAGAGAAGCAGUAGUAGUAGGAGCAACACCAGCAAGAGAAGCUGUAGUAAGAGCAGCACCAGCAAGAGAAGCAGCAGUUGUAGGAGCAACACCAGCAAAAGAAGCCGUAGUAGGAGCAGCACCAACAAGAGAAGCAGUAGUAGGAGCAACACCAGCAAGAGAAGCAGCAGUUACAGAAGUACUGUCAAUAGCAAAAGCACCAAGAGAACCAUUGGUUACAGGAUCACUGGCAAAUGAAACAGUAGCAGCAGGAACACUAGCAAGAGAAGCAGUAAUAGUGGUGCCAGGAGCAAAAGCAAAAGAAGGAGUAAUAGUAGUAUCAGGAGCAAAAGCAAAAGAAGCAGUAAUAGUACCAGCAGCAAAAGCAAAAGAAGCAGUAAUUGUAGUACCAGGAACAAAAACAAAAGAAGCAGUAGCAGCAGGCACUGCAACAGCAGCAGAGAAGACUGUUUCCUUAAGUGGUGGUUUAAGUAUUAAGUCAGUGGAUAAGAUAAAUGAAGGAGCUUGUAAGAUAGCAACAAGCUCAGAAAGUGCAUCUAAAACAGCUAGUGUUUCCAGUACUGCUACUAAAGGGAGCUCUCUAGAAAAGACACAGUCUGAAGCAGUUUCAUCUGUCAGUAUUAUAGACUUAUCUAGUGAUGAUGACAAGUCAAUGACAAGUAAAGUCUCAUCAUCUAAGCUCAAUCCAAUAUCACAAUCUAAUAAAGAAAAUAAUGAUCACACUUCAGAAAAAGAUGCAACAUCAGUUAUUCAGAGAGUGAAUUCAGCAACAGACGGAAAGAAAGAGGACAAUUUAGAGGAAGAAAUGAAUCUUGUCAUGAAUGAACUUCUACAGAUUUCAAAGAAGAAGUCAGUUGAUGAUAAUUUAGAGAAAGUAACAUUGGAAAGUGUUGACCAUUCAUCAGUGACAUCAUCAUCUAAGCACCAAAAUGUAUCUCAAUCUCAGCAGCAGAGGCAGCAUAUUACCCAGUCAUCAGUCUCUCAAGUAAAGCAGCAACAUAACACCCAAGCACAGCACCACAAAAAAAUUAUGCAAAAAUCUUUUGCAGCCGAUCAUGCAAAGCAGAGUUCACCAGUUCAACCGCCAAAACACACCGAAAAAAAUUCUCCAACACAGCAACAGAAGAAUCCUGUAGAACACCACUCGUCAGUACCACAACAAACACCUUCACCACAUCAUUCACCAGUGGAAAAACAGAGACAAAGUGUACAACAAAAUUCACCAGUUCAACAGUCACGGCAUAAUUUAAAGCAAAAUUCACCUGUGCAACAUAUAAAACAAAAAAUACAUCCAAAUUCCCCAUCACAAAAACAAUUGCAGUCACAUUCUUCAUCACAGCAUCAUGGCUUAUCUAAUCAACCUAAGCAGUCACCAUCACACUCUUCGUCACAGCAUCAUGGCUCAUCUCAUCAAUCUAAACAGUCCCAUUCUUCAUCACAGCAUCAUGGCUCAUCUCACCAGCCUAAGCAGUCACAGUCACAUCAUCAUGGCUCAUCUCACCAAUCGAAGCAGUCACAGUCACAACAUCAUGGCUCAUCUCACCAAUCGAAGCAGUCACAGUCACAGCAUCAUGGCUCAUCUCAGUCUAAGCAGUCACAUUCAUCUCAUCAUUCUAAGCAGUCAGAGCAGCAGCUUUCUAUGCAACAUUCACCACAUCAGCCAUUGCAACAACAGCAGCCUUUAAAUUUGCAGCAACCAAAAUCACAGGCCAUAAAUCUUCAGCAACCUUUGAAUAUGCAGGCACCUAAGACACAGCAUCCACUAAAUUUACACAAAAGCAGUCCUCAGUAUCCCUCGCCAUCACAACAGCAAGCAACAUCUCAAGAAUCCAGUCAUCAUAAGAAGCAGUUGCAACAGUAUUCACACACUCAGCAUCAACAACAAACUCAGCCUAAUUCUGUUAACAUUAAUGUGUCUUCAUGGAAUAAAGGUGAAAUGCCUUUGAACUCAAGAAAUUCUCCACCUAGUACAAACAAGACUCACUUAUGGGGAUCAAGUCAUGAAGUAUCAUCCUCCAGACAAAGACAGACAGAAGCACCCAUUGUUUCAUCAGCCGGUCCAUUGGCUAACCUGAGGAUGAUACACGGCCUCAGUGUGAGCAGUAUUACCAAAAAGACACCGGCAUCUACUUCAGUUUAUCAUAAUCCUGCUGCACUAGCCACCUCUUCUGUUGGGACCUACAGCUCAUCAGGUACAAAGAAGGGUAGUGGGAGCAGUAACAAUGCUCCUAUUAAUACUACAAGCAGUGUGUCAUCACACAGUACGUCAACUGGCAUGGCAACAACUCCAAGCAAGUCAAGUUCAUUAAAUUAUUCAACAACCCAGUCCAAGCAUUCUACUUCAUCUCAUUCUUUCUCGAGUCCAUCUUCUAAGCAUACUUCUAGCCAAGCUAAAUCAAGGUUGGACCAGUAUGGGGCAUCAAUGAAUCAAUCAAUAUUAAGCAGUAUGACACCAGAGCAACAAAUGAAUAUGUAUAAACAACUACAGCAGCAUCAAGCAAAUAAUCUUACAUCUCACCAACAGCAAGACAUAUGGUCUCAGCUAAAUGCAGGAAGCUUCCUAACAGGGAUGGCUGGACUAUCAAACAGUGAUAUGUUAAAAUUAAUGACUCAGAUGGGAAAGUCUAUGGAGUCCUUCCCCUCAGCUAAACAGCCAGGUUCCGGUCAACGCCAUGGGCAGUUUUGAAUGAAUUUAAAAACUGGAAUGUAAAGUAUAGAUGUAAAUGCCUCGCAUUUGGAUAACAUGACACCUGGAAUGUACAAUGGUGGAUUGAAUUGCAAGAAUCCAGUACUGUACAUAGGUUCUUGGAAUAGCUGAAGUUGCAUGUAAACUGCCAGCAUGGUGUAGGAUAUGAGCAUAAGCUGGAAGUGAAGCAGAUGAUACUAUUAUUGUUUUUUAUAUACUGUGUAUAUAUAAUACUGGGUGUGUGUGUGUGUGAUGUACGUAUGUACAUGUGUGUGUAUAUAAUGUGUGUAUAUAUAUAAUAUAUAUAUUGAAGUAGCUGCUAUUUACAUAAAUGCCGUAUGGUAAACAACAAAUUUUACCAUUAUAAUACUGGAGAACUAUCCAGCAUCAUAUAUUCGGAAAACACUUGCUAUUUGAAUAGUGUUGUGUGUAUCUCUGGUUUGUAUACUGACCGAGUGCAGGUUAGCACCAGUGUGGUGUUUCCUCUUUACUAAUUAUGAUAUAUGCAAGUAUUCUAUUUGUAAAGGCCUUACAUGUAUAUUUUUAUCAAAGAAAUUGUGAGUAA